ACAGAAAAAUACCCUUUUUAACGGCAUAUUACUCACCAACACACAUCUGUUCAUCGGCAAGAGUAUAGGGCACUUGCCAGAGAUAAGAACGAAAGAACGAAACUGAUAUGAUAAUAAACAAACAAAAUGGGAAUAAAGUGAAGCAACAGCGAAUACAUUUACUGCAGUUAAGCUCCGUCUAUCGUCGCUGACAUACACAUUAAUAGUAACGGUUUAGAACGUGAAUUUAAGAAAUUAAAAUAUAGUAAAAAGGAAAUUAAAUAUAAUACAACUAACUAAAUCACUAAUUACCGAGUGAUUUUGAAGUUCUUCCGUAAAUACUUUUGUGGGUGUUGAUAUUUUAUUAAAUCUCAUACACCAUGUCCUCAGACGAAAGAACCAAUCCGCCGCCUUACUCCGGCUAUACGCCAGCGCAGACCUAUCAACCACCACCAACAACGGAAACUGUGAUAAUUCAUACGACAAACCAAUCACUGGUGCCUGUAAGCAAUGAGCCAACGCGCGUCACCUGCCCUUCAUGUCACGCCCAGGUGUUGACUAGCGUGAAGCAUCAGGCUACGACGCGAACGCAUUGUUGGGCGUUAUUAUUGUGUUUGAUAUUUUGCUGGCCUUGCGUGUGCGUACCUUACUGCAUGGAUUCCUGCCAGAAUGCAAAUCAUUACUGUCCGAAUUGCAAUGCAUAUAUUGGCACAUAUUCCAACUAACCAGCAAAUGAACCAAAGAAGAAAAAAUUUUAAGAACUAAAAUGCAAUGGGAAACGAAAAUAUACCUAUUUUUUUUUUUUGAAACUGUAAAAAAACCAAAGGAUUUUCAUACAUAAAAAAAUUACGUGAAAAGAAGGGAGAUCAGAGCGGGAAGUAUUUGGAUUUAACUUCACUUGACUACAAACUUAUUUAAAAAGAGGCGUAACCGUAUGUGUCGAUAUUGAAGUACAUAUUUCAAUAAAUAUUUAAGGAUGGAAGAAGCAACGAAAAAUGAAAAUAGAUAAACUUUGCUACACACUUGCUUACUUAAAAACAAUUAUGAAUACAUACAUACAUAAUUAAUAUAUGAGAAAUAUUAAAUUACAAUAUAUAUAUAUAUGUAUGAAAAUAUAUGCAUUUGUUUACCAACAGAUAAUCCUUACCAAACCAUUUACGACCUACAGAAACGAAUGUAGUAUUUUUUUUCUUUUUAAGUAAAAUUUCUAAUGUAAAACUGCUUUAAUGCGUUAUUUCCAUAUUUGUGUAAGAAAAUAUAAAA